AUGAGUGAACCAAAUGCAAUUUACGAUCUGAGCAAUCACUAUGGCUUACCAUCGGACGUAGCACAGGAAGCGUACGAGUUAUUUAUGAAACUUGAUCGUAAUCGUAGUGGUUCAAUUACAUUAGACGAAAUACAAGAAUGUCUGAAACUUGCGAAAAUACAAAUGGUCCAUACUAAUAGUGAUAAGACGCUCCUUAAAUUUAUGGAUUUCAAUGAAGAUGGUACUGUAUCAUUGAAUGAAUAUAUGAAGUUUAUGGCUGCUAUUCAUCGUAAUGAAUAUCAGGAGUUUAAAUUUCUUACUGAUGAUGUUAAACAGUGA